CUCAUUGCGGAAAGAUGACUUUCGGCUACGGACACUGCGGCUUCACUUGCGAAUCGCAAUGCCCCCCACACCACGUGUUGAUCCAGCCUCCCCCCUUCUGCAUCACCGUCCCGGGACCCAUCAUGAGCUGCGCUGACGAUUCAUGCGCCGUGUCAACUGAUGCACCUUGCUGUGGCUAUGGGGGCUAUGGAGGCUAUGGGGGCUAUGGAGGCUAUGGGGGCUAUGGCGGCUAUGGCGGCUAUGGCGGCUAUGGCGGCUAUGGGGGCUGGGGUGGCCGUGGAUGUUGUGGCGGCUAUGGGGGCUGGGGCGGCUGGGGCGGCCGCGGCUAUGGCAGCUGGGGUGGUUAUGGAGGCUGGGGUGGCCGUGGAUGCCGUUCUGGUUGCUGGGGGUGGUGA